AUGUCUGGGCGUGGGAAAGGUGGAAAGGGGCUGGGGAAGGGUGGCGCCAAGCGCCACCGCAAAGUUCUGCGAGAUAACAUCCAGGGCAUCACUAAGCCUGCUAUCCGUCGCUUAGCCCGACGUGGUGGCGUCAAGCGUAUCUCUGGUCUUAUCUAUGAGGAGACCCGUGGGGUGUUGAAAGUGUUUCUGGAGAACGUGAUCCGGGACGCUGUAACCUACACCGAGCACGCCAAGCGCAAGACUGUCACCGCCAUGGACGUGGUCUACGCGCUCAAGCGGCAGGGCCAGAGAGCUAUCACUCUCCUGGGCACUCGUCGUGGGGUUUUUGCCAUGGCUCGCACUAAACAGACCGCUCGUAAAUCUACCGGCGGCAAGGCGCCGCGCAAGCAGCUGGCCACCAAGGCGGCCCGCAAGAGCGCGCCGGCCACGGGCGGCGUGAAGAAGCCGCAUCGCUACCGGCCCGGCACGGUGGCUCUGCGCGAGAUUCGCCGCUACCAGAAGUCCACGGAGCUGCUGAUCCGCAAGCUGCCGUUCCAGCGCCUGGUGCGCGAGAUCGCUCAGGACUUCAAGACCGACCUGCGCUUCCAGAGCUCAGCCGUGAUGGCGCUGCAGGAGGCGUGCGAGGCCUACUUGGUGGGGCUCUUCGAGGAUACCAACCUGUGUGCCAUCCACGCCAAGCGCGCGAUCAUGUCUGGACGCGGCAAAGGCGGCAAGGGUCUGGGUAAGGGAGGCGCUAAGCGCCAUCGCAAGGUUCUGCGCGACAACAUCCAGGGCAUUACCAAACCAGCCAUCCGUCGUUUGGCCCGCCGUGGCGGGGUGAAGCGCAUUUCCGGCCUCAUCUACGAAGAGACCCGCGGGGUGUUGAAGGUAUUCCUGGAGAACGUGAUCCGGGACGCCGUCACCUACACCGAGCACGCCAAGCGCAAGACUGUCACCGCCAUGGACGUGGUCUACGCGCUCAAGCGCCAGGGACGCACUCUCUACGGCUUCGGCGGCUAAAGUUUCAUUCUAUACAUUUUUUAUAAAGGCCCUUUUCAGGG